GGCGGAAAAUGGGCGGAACUCGGUGCCGUAUUGUUUACGUCUGUGUGCUGAAAGUAGGUCAUAAGAGCGAGAUAGCUAGUAAUAUAUUUCUCACAAAAAUAUUUAUUCGUAAUCACACAGAACUGUAACGAUAACGGAAAAAGAGCAGGAUUCCCGCGGGCUGUCCGGUGACAUCUACAAAGCUGGUGUGGCAUGUCCAGGCGCAGCCGAAACAGUCGAGCGUGGCGCAGUGUGUGGAGCGGAAUUCGGCGGGAUGCUGAUGCAAAGACGCUGGUGCUGCCCUCCGAGAGCGAUGAAUGGGGUUGUGACCGCCUACAGGUCAGUUACAGUGACUCAGAUUCAGAGGCAGAGUAUCCUGGCAUUGUACCCUCGGUGCCAAGUGCGGUGCCAGUAACCGGAGAGUCGUACUGUGGUUGUGAUUUGGAGAUGGAAUCGAGUUACGACCCACGUCUACGCAGUUACGCACGGCUGCGUGACUGCCAUUGUGGUGAAGAUGACCAAGGUACAGAAUUUGACUGGGUGUGGGAUGAGGGCAGUCGGUCAGCGGCCACGCUGCUGAGCUGUGAGAACAGGAAGGUGAGCUUCCACUCGGAGUACAGCUGCGGCACGGCGGCUAUCCGUGGCUCCAAGGAGCUCUCAGAGGGGCAGCACUUCUGGGAGAUCAAAAUGACCUCUCCGGUCUACGGAACAGACAUGAUGGUAGGAAUUGGUACAUCAGAUGUCAAUCUGGACAAAUACCGACAUACAUUCUGCAGUUUACUGGGAAAAGAUGAAGACAGCUGGGGCUUGUCAUAUACAGGGUUGUUGCAUCAUAAUGGUGACAAAGUGAACUUCUCAUCGCGGUUUGGUCAGGGAUCCAUCAUAGGCGUUCACUUGGACACCUGGCAUGGAACUCUCACCUUCUUUAAAAAUCGCAAAUGCAUCGGUGUAGCUGCCACCGAGCUGCAGAACAAGCGUGUGUUCCCCAUGGCAUGUUCCACAGCUGCCAAAAGCAGCAUGAAGGUGAUCCGCUCGGUCUCCGCUCCCACCUCACUCCAGUACCUCUGCUGCUGGCGCCUGCGUAAGCUCCUCCCUUCAGGAGCCGACGCCCUUAGAGUGCUUCCCCUCCCACCAGGGCUCAGGCACCUUCUACAUUCCAAACUUGGCUGGGUGCUAAGCUUAGACCACUCACAUAUGCAUACAAACUCAAACACACACACACCAGCCGGGCCCUCUUCAGGCAGCGAGUCGGACGGCUGCGCCUCCGACCCUGAGGCCUGCCAGAGGAAACGUUGCCGCUGGACCUGAGGCGAAUAUACAUACACACACACUCACACUUACUUACUCACUCACUCUUACAAUUAUUACAUUGUCAAGUGUUUUCAGUUGCAGACUCGUAUACAGUGGACUGUUUAAAAAAAAAAAAAAAAAAAAAAAAAAAGAUAAUUAAUGUAUCUGAUUUAACAAGAAGCCUCUCCACAUUGAGGAUACUGUUUGAAUUUAAUUUGUGGAUCAUAGUCAGACAUGCAAAAUUCAAAACUUUUCUGAUGUACAGAUCAUGUAAAAGACACGCACAUGCAGUCUGAUGGAUCACAAUGAAACAAUGAACUGUCUUUCUACUUUAUAGCAUAGUGCUGAAUGUUCCUGCUCUGUCCCUGCUCUCUCUUUCAGGGUUUUGGAUCAAAAAAUAUCACACUUUUCCAUCCUGCGUGAACUGUUAUAUAAAAUCUCAGUAUUAACUUUAGCGUUACCUGUAACCUUCAGCACUGUGCCCUUGUCUACGUGUACUUCAACAUAGCUUAUAUCCAAACAAGUAGAAUGAGUAAAAUGGACACUCAGAUGGAUACUUGACUAGUUUGACAGCAGGUCUCAUCAGUAUAGCAUUGAUGUGCUGAAUCUAGUACUGUAUGCUACAUUUAUUACAUCUAUUUCUUGCAGUUACUACAUUUUGAGAAGUUUAGAAGAAUCACAUUACUGUCUUUUAUACAGCUAUGCCACAAUAUAAUGUUAUACAGGGGUGUCUUCAAAGCAGAGGUGCCAACAUGUACGGUUUGGCCGUAGUAUUUUUCAGAUUAAUCACUGUGUCAUCAGAUCAAUCCAUCUGUUUUGAUUGCAAGAAAGCAAAAAAUGACGUGUUGUUUUUUUUUUGUUUGUUUUUUUGUUGUUUUUUUUUUUUUUUUUAAACAUUUGUCCAUUGGCUAUGAAUAUACAAUUUAGAAAAGAAAACAACAUUGUUUUCUAUUUUAGCAGACAGUUUAGACCCUGAAUAUGAUGUUUUAGGCCUAUGUACUAAUGUUGGCCUCCUGUGUAUAUACUGAGUUUUAUGUGUAUAUUUUGAUAGUUCAUAUAUUUUUACCUGGAAUAAAGGACAAGUAGAUCACAACCUCCUAGAAAUGGUAGUGACCAGGUUGAUAAAUAGGGUAAAAUUUGUUGAGCCCAGAAUAUCAACAUGGUCACUGCCAUUUUUGAAAGAUUGUCAUCCACUUGUCUUUUCCUUCCCAAGUUGUGGUCUCUGGGAAAAUCUGCAGACACUCCUGGCCAAGCAUUUCUCUACACUGAUUUGAGUCAGAUUGGCAGACCUUCAGGAUAUGUAAUUAUGUCAUCAAAUUACAUUAUAACUACAACAUUUGUAUACAGCAGGUGGGGCACGGUGUCCCUCACACCCCUACCCUGUGUGGAGUUUACAUGUUCUCCGUGUGCUUCAGGAGCUUCCUCUGGGUACUCCGGUUCCUUCCCAGUCCAAUGACGUGCAUCGUGUAUGCUGAUUUGUUGUAGGCUGACCUGGCAUUUCCAAAUUCUGUUUGUGCCCUGCUAUGGGUUGGCAUCCCAUACAGGGUGUCCUCUGCUUUGUUCCCUGGGGUAGGGUCCAAGCUCCCUGCAGCCCUGUGUAUUAUAAGUGGUAUGGAAAAUGGAUGGAUGGAUAGAUUUGUAUACAGCUUCAAUGAUGUCAGCUUUCUGAUGUUGUCUUUUUGCUAUUUUUCCUGUAUCUUGCAUCUUCAAAUUAUGUAUGACCAUCUCAUACUGAGCUUUUUGUCUUACUGUGAAGAAUGGAAAAUGCGGGGGGAGUAUGGGGCUGAAAAUUCAGUCUGUUCUGUACAUAUUGUAUGUAUUAUAUGUAUUAGCUUAUUCUCUUUUCUCGAUCUCCCUUUACUAUAUGUCAAGCAUGGGCUUCAACUGAUGUAUGAUUAAAAGAGUUGAUUGAAAAUCAUAUAAACUGGGGGGGAAAUGGCUGGAUAUAUAGGUUGUUUGUUUUUUAAGCGUAAUAAAGGAUUAAAAACUG